AUGCACCCGCACGCCACGGGGGUCGAGAAGGCGGCCGCGCCGUACGGGUCCUGGGAGUCGCCGAUCAGCGCCGCCGCCGUCUCGGCCGCCGGGAAGGCCGUCGAGGGGCUCACCGUCGCCGGCGACGGCCGGCUCCUCUGGGUCGAGACGCGUCCCGAGGAAGGAGGGCGCGCUGUUCUCGUGAAGGAAGGGGCCGGGGAAAACGGCGGAAAUUUGGAUGUGACGCCGCAGGAGUUCGCGGUGCGGUCGCUGGCGCAGGAGUACGGCGGUGGCGCCUUCGCUGUGCAAGGGGAUGUUGUUGUGUUCUCCAAUUACAGCGACCAGCGCCUGUACAAGCAAACCAUAGGAGAUAACUCGCCACUACCUCUGACACCAAAUUAUGGUGGGUCAGUAGUCCGCUAUGCGGACGGUGUCUUUGAUCCUCACUUCAGCCGUUACAUCACUAUAAUGGAAGAUCACCGAAAGAGUAGCUCAAAUCCCAUCACAACAGUUGCUGCUGUGAGCACAAGUGUUGGAGAUGUUAAUGAACCAACUGUGCUGGUCAGUGGGAAUGACUUUUAUGCCUUUCCACGCAUCGAUCCAACUGAUAAGCGCAUGGCAUGGAUUGAAUGGAGUAACCCAAACAUGUCAUGGGAUAAAGCCCAACUAUGGGUUGGCUAUUUCUCCAGCAAAGGAGAGGUACAAAAACGUAUUUGCGUUGCUGGUGAAGACCCAACGUUUGUGGAAGCUCCUACUGAACCCAAGUGGUCUUCGAAAGGUGAGCUAUUCUUGAUAACAGACAGACAGAGUGGGUUUUGGAAUAUUCAUAAAUGGGAUGAGCAGAGCAAUGUAGUAGUACAAGUUUACUCGAUCGAUGCUGAAUUCUCAAAGCCAAUGUGGAUCUUCGGUGUCAGCUCCUAUGAUUUCCUAAGAAAUGAUGACUCAAGUCAGAAAAUAGCUUGCUGCUACAGGCAAAAUGGAGAGUCAUAUGUUGGGUUGCUGGACCAUAAUUCGGGGUCUUUUUCAAAACUUGACCUUCCCUUCUCUUCUGUAACUAACAUAGUUUCUGGAGAUGGGUCUUUCUAUGUUGAGGGCGCAUCUGGUAGUCUUCCAGUCUCAGUAGCGAAGGUGACACUGGAUGAAAAGAGAACAAUGGCAACUGACUUCUCUAUAGUCUGGUCCUCCUCGGAGGACAUUACGAAAUAUACAUCCUACUUUAGUUUGCCUGAAUUUAUGAAGUUCCCAACUGUAAUCCCGGGACAGCAUGCUUAUGCUUAUUUCUAUGCUCCACACAAUCAUAUUUUCCAAGGUUCAUCAGAUGAAAAGCCCCCAUUAUUGGUUAGAACCCAUGGUGGACCUACAGAUGAAGCACGCGGGAUUCUGGAUCUUAGUGUGCAGUACUGGACAAGCCGAGGAUGGGCACUCGUUGAUGUUAACUACGGGGGGAGUGCAGGCUAUGGGAGAGAGUAUCGAGAGAGGCUUUUAGGGCAAUGGGGUGUUAUGGAUGUAAACAGUUGCUGCAGCUGUGCCACAUUUCUGGUGGAAACUGGAAGAGUGGACGGGCAACGUCUUUGUGUAACAGGAGAAUCUGCAGGUGGAUUCACAACUUUAGCUUGCCUAGCUUUCAGGCAGACAUUCAAGGCUGGUGCUUCUUUAUAUGGGAUCGCUGACUUGGCUUCACUGAGGGCAGGCAUGCACAAGUUUGAGGCAUACUAUAUUGACAACCUUGUGGGGGAUAAACAGGCAUACUUUGAGAGAUCACCAAUAAACUUCGUUGAAAGAUUUACAUGUCCAGUCAUUUUGUUUCAAGGAUUGGAAGACCCGGUUGUAUCACCGGAUCAGGCAACAACAAUAUACAAGGCUAUAAAGGAUAAAGGUCUACCUGUUGCUUUGGUUGAGUAUGAAGGGGAACAACAUGGUUUCCGCAAGGCCGAGAACAUCAAGUUUACUUUGGAGCAGGCGAUGAUGUUCUUCGCAAGAUUAGUGGGACACUUCAAGGUGGCAGAUAACAUCACCCCCAUCAAGAUUGUCAACUUUGAUUAGUCCUCCUUGUGAUCGUUUUAAAGUAGAAUGUAUUGGUUUUGGCCGACUUUUCUGUGGCAGAACAAAGCGGAGCGAAUGUCUUGUAAUAGUUCUGAAGUGAUAUUAUCUGUAUACUGUUAACAUCACUUUGGUUGCACCUCGUCACAUCUCUUGACCAAGUUGUCCUAUCUGUAAUUACAAAUAAACUCUAGCCUACCAUUCUGAGCAAUAAUAAAGCAAAAGUUUCCAUAGCAUU